CCUCCCCCCGACCGUCAGUCCGCCCAGCCCCGCCCCAGCUCCGGCCCGGCCGCAGUCCGCACUCCGCUCCCAGCCGCGGUGGGGUGCCAUGUUUAUGGGGGUGUCCGGCCGUGUCCAGCGCGAGAGACUGAGGCAGGAGGGGAUGGGCAGCCACGGGCAGGCGGUGGCCUUCCUGCGCCAGGACUUUCAGGGACUGCGGGAAAAGUGCCAGCAGGACGGAGCCCUGUUCCUGGACCCCCAGUUCCCUGCCGCCGCCCCCACCUCCAUCGGCUUCAAGGAGCUGGGACCACACACUGACAAGGCCCAGGGCAUCGAGUGGAAGAGGCCUGGCGAGUUGGUGUCGGACCCAUUCACCGUGGGAGGGGCAACACGGACUGAUGUGUGUCAGGGAGCUCUGGGUGACUGCUGGCUCCUGGCGGCCAUCGCCUCGCUGACCCUGAACGAGGAGCUGAUGCAGAGGGUGGUGCCACCUGAACAAGACUUCAAUACACAAUACAGUGGCAUCUUCCACUUCCAGUUCUGGCAGUUUGGGGAGUGGGUGGAUGUGGUGAUUGACGACCGGCUGCCGAGCCGGGACGGGGAGCUGCUCUUCGUCCACUCGGCCGAGCGCGGAGAGUUCUGGAGCGCCCUGUUGGAGAAAGCCUACGCCAAGUUGAACGGGUCGUACGAAGCUCUGUCGGGGGGGUCCACCACCGAGGGGUUCGAGGACUUCACGGGCGGGGUGGCCGAGAUGUACGAGCUGAAGAAAUCCCCCCGAAACCUCUACACAAUCAUGCGCAAGGCCCUGGAGCGAGGCUCCCUGCUCGGCUGCUCCAUUGACAUCACCAGCGCCUUCGACAUGGAGGCCGUGACCUUUAAGAAACUGGUCAAAGGUCAUGCCUACUCAGUGACAGGGGUCAAGGAGGUCAGCUACCGGGGCAGGGUGGAGCGGCUGAUCCGGAUCAGGAACCCAUGGGGUCAGGUGGAGUGGACGGGGGCCUGGAGCGACAGUUCAUCGGAAUGGGAUGCGAUCGACCCGGAGGAGAGGGAGGGAAUGGUGAAGAUGGAGGACGGGGAGUUCUGGAUGUCGUGGGGAGAGUUCCUGCGGCAGUUCUCGCGGCUGGAGAUCUGUAACCUGGGCCCAGAGACGCUGCAGGACGAUCGGCACCUCAAGUGGCAGAGCACCACCUUCCGCGGCUCCUGGAGGCGGGGCAGCACCGCAGGGGGCUGUCGUAACCACCCCGCCACGUUCUGGAUCAACCCGCAGUUCCGGCUGACCCUGUGCGAGGAGGAUGAUGACCCUGACGACCCCGAGCAGUCGUGCAGCUUCCUGUGCGCCCUGAUGCAGAAGGACCGGCGCAGGGCCCGGCGCAAGGGCGGGGACAUGCACACCAUCGGCUUCGCCCUCUACCCCCUGCCCGAGGAGCUGAGUGGGGGUCCGCAGGUCCACCUGCGCAAGGACUUCUUCCUGAGCCGGUCGUCGUGCGCUCGCUCCGACUCCUUCAUCAACAUGCGUGAGGUGAGCUCCCGGCUCAGCCUGCCCCCUGGCGACUACAUCAUCGUCCCCUCCACAUUCGAGCCCAGCCACGAGGCCGACUUUGUGCUCAGGGUCUUCACCGAGAAACACACCGACUCACAGUGA